AUGCCUGCUAGAAACAUUAUUCCAGAAGAACAAGAAUUACAUCAACAAGCUAAACGAGUUCGUGAUAGAGAAAAUGCACGUCGCAGACGUCAAGCAGCUCGAGAUGUAAUUUAUCAAAGAAACAUAAUAAUAGAACCUGAUUAUUUAGGCCCUAUGAAUAUAUUAUGUUCACAUUGUAAAGCUAAACAUUUUAAAGAUGAAAUGAUUUCUAAUAAAGGUUUAUCAUUCAGUGAUUGUUGUAGUCAUGACACAGUUUCAUUAGAUCCUUUACCUGAAUUCCCACCUCAACUUUAUUCAUUAUUUACUGGCCAACAUUCUAAAUCAAAUUUAUUUAUGAAUAAUAUUCGACCAUAUAAUAACUCCCUUUCUUUUGCAUCUUUAAAUGCUAAUUUAUUUGAUUUUGCGCUAAAUCGUCCUGGACCAUUUUGCUUUAAAAUUCAAGGAAAAAUAUACUAUCAAAUAAAUACAGAAUUAUAUCCAAAUGACGGAGAAAAUCCAACUUACGGACAACUAUUUAUAGUUGAUCAAUUACAAGCAUUAGAUUAUCGAUUACAUAAUAAUUCAAAAUUAGACUCUGAACUUUUACUAACUUUAGGCGGAAUUAUACGUGAAAAUAACAUUUUUGCUCAAUCUUACGAAAUGAUGAGAGUAGAAAUAGAAAGACAACAAUCAUUAUUAUCCAAUGAUAACCCUUUUCAACCGGAAUUACAAUUACUAUUUUCUUUGAAACCAGGUGUAGAUAGAAGACGAUAUAAUUUUCAGUGCGUUAAUGAAGUUGCUGCAAUAUUUUCAACCACAGCAGAUGGAGAAAUUCCAGAAUCAUAUGUGACAAUUAGAAAUAAAAAUACAAAAAAUUUACAAUACAUAAGCACUAUGGAUCCUAAUGUAGAACCCUGGAUUUAUCCUUUGUUUUAUCCUUACGGUACUCAAGGAUGGCGCAAAAAUUUAACGCGCGUUAAUGAUACUAAACGUAUUUCUCGAAUGGCGUAUUAUAAGCAUCGAAUAGCCGUACGUGCAGACGAAUUUAAUCCUUUCAUAAGGGGUGGUAGAUUAUUUCAACAAUGGGCAGUCGAUAGUUACGUGAAAGUUGAAAAAGAUCGCAUACAAUAUUGUAAAGACCAUCAAAAAGAAUUACGAGCUGAUACUUAUAAAGGUCUUAGUGAUUUUAUGUAA